AAAAAAAACACAAAACUAAAAUUAUAUUUUUAGAAAAAUUUUACAUACAAAGAAUAAAUAUAUAAUCUUCAUGAACAAUUUUAUCCCCGUAUUAAAGGCAACCAUUGGAAUACAUAUCCAUCUAGUUAUAGUAGAAUUUUGAAUAUUCUUCUAUCAAUAAAUUUUCCUAAUAGGACGGACUAUCAUCAUAUCAAAGCACAAAGUGUUUCAUUUUCGGUAUACAAAAAAAAAAAAAAACAAAAAGAAAAAGAGCAGACACACACGCACACAGUCGCACACAUUUAUGUGUAAUAAGUAACUUUCUUCUUUACCUGAACUUGUAUGCGGGAGGAUGUGCUUCAAUAUUCCAUGUUUAAUGUGUUUGUUUGUGUAGAUAUAAUUUUGUGCGUUCCCAUUUUUUAUAGCUGACUUUUGUAUACAAUCGAAAGACAACAACUGCAAAUUUAUUUGAAAAUCUCUUUUGUUUGUGUCUAUACGUUGUCUAUUAAGUUAUUAAAGCGGGCGUUUUCUCUUCUAUUAUAACACGGCGUGUAUGUUUACAGAUAAAGAUCUAGGACCAAUUUUAUAAACUUAAAAAAAUACCACCAGAAGAAACAACAUAAGAGUUUAAGACAACACAAACAUUUCUAUAAAAUUGAAUGCGAUAAUCAACUAUAAUUGUGAAUUUACAACAACAACAAGAAUAACAACAACAAACAAAUCAAAUUUACAUUGAAAUACACAGAAUCCAAACUUUAUCCCAACCUCAUAAGAAAGUAAAUAAAGUAGAAGAGCAACACCAACUAUUAACCACCAACAAUCAAGCAAACAAUCAAAAACAACUAACCGAUCAACCACCACCAUCAUCACUACCACCACUACCACCACCACCACCACACAACUAAUCUAUUAUACUUUUGUCCUCUUAGUUUAUCUGACAACAACAAAGUGGAUAAAAUUUGUUUUAAAGCCACCUUCUGUUCCUCCCCCUCCACUGUAGCGAACGCUUCCAUUACCAACACAUCCACUAAAUAUAAAAAGGAACAAGAAGUAAAAAUUGGGUUCAAAAUUGAUCAAAUGUUAUGUUGCGGUUUGUGCUGUGGCAAUAUGUCAAAACGGGACUACAAAGUGGCCACAAUGGAUGGCAUCGAAUUGGAGCCGUUGGGCGGCGAAAAAAUGGACAAGGAUAAAGAGAAAGACAAAGAGAAACAGCAAACAAAUGGUGUCACUUUUGGAGGCGAAUCUAGCGGUGGCCGUCAAACACGUAAUGGCGUUGCUGUUUGUUCGCAGAAACGUGCACUUUUGGUCGCCGGUAUAGUGCUUGGCUCACUGUUGCUAACAGCUCUUAUCAUUGCCUUCGCUGGUCCACAAAGCGAUUGUUCAUGCGCCCGUAAACUGCCAACCGGUUUGGAAACAAAUGAAGAAAAUGUUACGCAGCCUUUUAAUCCAAUCGCCACAAAUGGUGAACCAUUUCCUUGGUUAAAUAUCACAUUACCGACUAACGUCAGACCUAUGCGCUAUAUGGUGACCAUACAUCCGAACUUAACGACACUAGAUGUCAAAGGUCAAGUCACAAUUGAUUUAUGGAUAGAGAAGGAGACCAAUUUCAUUGUGUUGCAUAUACAGGACUUAAAUGUCACCGAGAAGGCAAUUGUAACGAGCGGCAACAAAGGCUAUGCCAUUAAAAUCAUUAAAGUGCUAGAGUACCCACCUAGGCAACAAUUCUAUAUUGAGGUUAAGGAGAAAUUGAAAAAGAAAUCCAAUUAUACCUUAAAUUUACGUUGGUAUUCAAAAUUGAAUCCCGAACCCGAAGGCUUUUAUGUGGAUCAGUAUGAAAGUCCUAAUGGCAUUGAAAGUAGACUACUGGCUGCUACAGUGUUUCGGCCGAAUGGUGCGCGGAGAGCUUUUCCAUGCUUCGAUGAACCCCAUAUAAGAGCACCUUUCCGGAUUUCAGUAUUCCGAGAUCGCUUUCACAUAGGUCUGUCCAAUUCUAUAGUGCAUACCACAGAGGAUGUAGGAUUUUAUAUGGGCACGGGUCUGUUAAGAGAUGAUUUUAUUGAAACACCACCACUGCCAGCUGAUGCAGUUGCUUGGGUAGUAAGCGAUUUUCAAAGGGAAUCGUUACAACCCUCGCCCGCAUAUUUGCCCACCACACCAGCGCCUGCUACAGGUGCGGGAGGUAAAAAGUCAUCACAAUUUGAUAAUUAUACGCAAAUGAAACAGAAAAAGCCGCCAGUGCGUAAUAUCACGGCCUUAACCCAUUCCCUCAACAUUAAUUUAAUGAUUCGAAAUCUUACCACAACUACGACUACUACCACUUCCCCGUUAGCUGAUGCUGAAGCCAAAAAUUUAACAGCCAUGAGUCAAUCAACUGUAUCCGCUAUCAAGAGAGCACCUUCGUAUACCUUCUACGCACCCAGAGACCUUUUGCCACGUUCCUCGUUUAUUUUGCAUACUUCCCGCGAAGUGCUUGAAUACAUGCAAACUUGGUUAGAAGUCAGUUAUCCUUUAACAAAAGUGGAUUUUGUGGCUCUACCCUCUUUGGAUCGUAACAUAAUAUCUAGCUUAGGUUUGGUUACAUUGAAAACAUCAUUUCUGACAGAGCCUCAAUCCAUUACAACAGCACAAUACCAACAGAGUGCUUUGUUGGUUGCCGAAGCUAUGGUAAGGCAAUUCUUCGGUGGUAUAACUUCGAGAAAAGUUUUGAAGGACGUCUGGCUAUGGGAGGGACUUAUAAAAUAUCUGGGUAUACAUAUAUUAUCGCCGUUACAAGAGAAUUGGCCUUUAAAAGAUAUGUAUUUACUAAAUAUGGCAACGGCUGCCUUGGACAUUGAUGCUAUACAAGGUUGGGACAGUAUUAUGAAUGGCACCAGCCACGACGGCAACAACGAAGAGUUUUUCAUUCAAAAAACUGCAGGUAUCUUCUCAAUGCUGCAUACAGCUAUAGGAGAGGAUCGAUUUCGUGGCUGCUUGGGAGCAUUUUUAAAAUUGAAUCGUUUUAAAACUGCUGAACCAUUGGAUUUAUGGAAUAUAUGCACAAAACGGGCAACAAGUGUCAAGAACAUCAAGGAUAUGAUGUCAUUGUGGACUCAUCAAUUGGGCUUUCCUUUGCUAACCGUAACGAGACUUGCCAAUCAUAUUACUAUAUCACAGAAACCCUUCCAACCGGCAGAAUUCCUUGCCAUACAUGAUGAAACCUAUGAUGGAAAUCAUUACAGUAAAACAACCGUGAACGCAACUACUAGUGGCCAAGUCUCAUCGACAGCGGCACCGACUGCCCAAACAAAACACGUACAACCAAUGAAAUGGAUCUUCCCUAUAACCUAUGUAACCGAUCUCAAUAAUAUUACUGAGACUCUAUGGUUAUAUAAUAUCAACGUAACUUUUAAUGUGGCCGAAAAUGUAAAAUGGAUUAAAAUUAAUGCCCAUCAAUCUGGCUAUUAUCGGGUCUUGUACAAUGAGAAUAAUUGGGCUAAUAUUAUAGAGGAUUUGUCCAACGAUCCCAAUAAGUUUUCCAGUCAAGAUCGUUUGGGUCUGCUAUCGGACGCGUUUACGCUGUGCCACGCCAAUUUACUGCCAUGUGAAAUCACCAUGAAUAUGAUACAAUAUCUGCCAAGUGAAACGAAAUGGGGCCCCAUGACUUUGGCCUUAAGGCAUUUAGAGAAAUGGCGUCGGAUUUUGAAAUAUUCCGAAUGUUUUCUAAUGCUUUCCGAAUUUAUUAAAAUGAAAUUAUCAACGAUUAUAGAUAAAAUCGGUUGGAACGAUGAGGGUGUCGAAGCAACAAGAUUAAUGCGGCCCGAAGUGUUGCUAGCUUCAGUAUUAUGGGAAGAUAUUGACAGUGUGACGAAAUCGAAAAAUCUUUUAAAUCAAUUUUUAUUCUACAAUGGAUCAGCAAUAUCUCCAAAUCUUAGAGAGGUUGUGUAUACAGGUUCAAUAUUAUCGGGUGAAUACAUUUAUUGGCAACACUGUUGGGACCGUUUUGUGACACUGCAACGUAAUUCGGAAAGUUAUGUAGAAAGGAUGCAGCUCUUGAGAGCAUUGGGUCGUACAAAAGAUGCCUGGCUCCAAAAUCGCUUAUUAUCGCACGUGACCAUGUUACCCACAACGGAAGUAGUGCAAGUAUUACAAGCUAUAGCUGGCACGCCAACGGGUGGAGCAAUGGCUUGCAGAUUUUUACAAGCGAAAUGGUUUGAAUUAGAAUCAAGAUUAGGUCAAGGAACUUUAGCUUUCGCCAAAGUGAUAUCAGCGAUAACUCAAUAUGGAGCAACAAAAUUCGAUUACGAUGAGCUAAAAUCCCUAGUUCAUCGGUUUGGUCGCGGUGAUGGUAUGGAGAUAUUAAAUAUGACGUUAAGUAGUGUUGCUGCCAAUGUAGAAUGGGUCGCCCGAUCCCAGAUGUCCUUGUAUAAAUGGGUGGAAAGCAAUUUACAUUCACACCGAUAAGAUUUUCACUAACAUAAGUCAAAGAAGUAAUUAAAGAAAAUUUAGGUUUUUCUCAUUUUUCCUUUAAAAUGGUUACAAAUCGAACGAGGUGAACUUUAAUAUGAUGGGCAGCAGCAAAAGUAAUCAGGAAAGAAUUUAUGGCUUACUUUGUUUAGUUUGUUAUGCAUCUAACCUAAAUUUUUUUAAUUUACUUUUAUGCGUCAUUUUUUCUAAUAACUUUAAUUUUUAAAGUUUUAAGAUUAGUAUUUUACAAGUUUAGGUUUUUUUUUUUUGUUUCUAUUACUUAUACAUAUUGUUUCGUUUUCGGUUAUGUAAAAAGCAUUUGCUCGGAUAUCAACAGCGUGUUGUUAGGUGGUCUAAAAUGUAUUAAGUCUGAGAGUGACGAUGGCCUUAUUUAAUCCAAUAUGCUAAUGUAGAUGGAUGAAUGAAUUAAAUAAAUACUUAUGUGAAAUUGAAUCUUUUUAAGGCUCAAUACUUUUUAGAAUAUUUAAUAUAUAAACGAGCAUUCAUGCAGAUGUUUCUCUCGAAUCUUGUUUACGCGUACAUAUAUGGAUAUGUAAAUAUAUAGACAUAUAUAUAUAUACGAAUGUUCGCAUGCAUGUAACUAACAUUUUUGAAGUUUUAAUUUAAUAAUUAAGCAAAUGAUGCCAUAAACUAAAGUAAUAAUACUUUAAAAAUAUCCUCAUUUGUAAUUAUGUUCCUUUACGCUGUAAAACACAACACAACACAACACAUGAUACAUUCUUUAGGUACAAUUUUCCAAAUGUUACCAUUAGAAACAUGUGUAUGUAUAAAGAGGAGAAUUUUUCCUAAGAAAGGCACAAAGAUAGCAUUUUAGUUAUUCACCUUUGCUACGUUACUCUCGAAGUGGCCGCUAUAAAGCGUUAUUUGUGUAUGCCUGUAUCCACUAUCGUCAAUUCAGCUUCACUUGCGAAUAUCAUUUUCAGAAUAAUUGCACGCUGCCUCCCACCCUAGUUAAUAUUAAGCAAUUUGUACAGAUUUCCAAAAGUUAUUUGCUUGUAAGUAAGCUGACCGGUUGUCUUAUAAAAAAUUGUCAUAUACGUAAAGAGCACUUGAGAGAAAAAACUUUUUUGCGUUGCUUCUUUCCAUGAAACUCGCUGCAGUAUUUAAGAUCCACUUCCAUAUCAUUGCAGUGAUGUUCACUCUUUGAUGAUGAUUCUGAAAACAUAUAUUUUCCGCUAGAUGCUCUUCUUUCUUCUUUUCAUUUCUUAAUAUUUAAUUACUAUUAUACAAGUUACUUCAUAGUCGUUGUAGGGUAAAAUCCUGCCAGGGUGGCUGUAGAUGACGUUGACAUUGCUCGGUAGACUGCUAUCAUCUUUACGUGUAGACUCCGAGCUAUUUCUAAUUGGUGACCAAAAUGUUGACUUUUCGAUUCCCGAGUGUUAGGAAAGCAGGUCAUUCCAAUACAGGCCUCUUUACAUGUAACGUCUCUUCACACCUGCAGUUCACGUCGGCAAUAAAUUUUUUAUGCCUUUUACAUGCUUAGUACGCACUGCGAUGACUCAUUUUUUAUGCAGAUUGCAUAGCAAAUUGGUUUUAAGAUUCAUUUAUAUGACCUUUACCAUCAAUUUUUGAUAGUUGGAAGCGGUUUUCCGUUAGCACUACGUGAGUCUGCGUCAAUGUGCACAUGUAGCCAAGCAUAUCUAUAAUAUAAAUAAAGAUGUGCUUAAACAUAUAGGUAUAUAUAUAUAUGCGCUUUCGAAAAUACAAACGUGUGUGCGUGUGUGUGUUCUAUGUGCUUACAUAUAUCAUUUAUAUACUGAAUCGUAAAAUCAAAUAAGACAUCAUAUCAUAUUGAAAAUUAUUUUUAGUUAUAUCUAUUCUGUUAUCUCAAAUUUUCUUCUUUUUUCUAUUAUUAUUAA